AUGAGUGAAUGGAUACAAGUGAAAGAGGCCAUAAAGGAACAAGAGCUAUCCGAAGACAUGCUGGAAAACGAAGGCGAACUUGGUCAUGGCAACGGAGGCGUUGUCCAUAAGGUCAUUCACAAGAAGAAUGGUGUAACGAUGGCUCGUAAAUUAGUACAUUUGGAAGUGAAACCUUCGGUACGACAACAAAUCGUGAAAGAGCUCGCCGUUCUUCACAAGUGUAAUAGCCCGUAUAUUGUUGGUUUUUAUGGAGCCUUCAUUGACAAUAAUAAUAGUGAUAUAUCGAUUUGCAUGGAGUAUAUGGACGGACUUUCACUGGACAUUGUUAUGAAAAAGGUUGGCCGAAUUCCCGAAAAGUUCGUCGGCAAAAUUUCCGUGGCGGUAGUACGGGGUCUGGCUUAUCUCAAGGACGAAAUAAAGAUACUUCACAGAGACGUCAAACCAUCGAAUAUGCUCGUCAAUAGCAAUGGUGAAAUUAAGCUUUGUGACUUUGGUGUGUCUGGAAUGCUAAUCGAUAGUAUGGCGAAUUCAUUUGUUGGAACGAGGUCGUACAUGGCGCCGGAACGACUAACUGGAUCCCAUUACUCGAUCCAGUCGGAUAUCUGGUCCUUUGGAUUGUCUCUGGUCGAACUUCUCAUAGGACGUUAUCCUGUUCCGUCACCAUCGAAACAUGAAUAUUCAGUUAUGUUUCGGUAUUCCCGAGUCACAAGUUCAGUUGGCUGA